AUGGCGAGUUGCUCCUUCGCUGGCCACCAAGCGCUAAGGAGACAGAGAGCCUAAGCAGCAGCAACAGCAGCAGCAGCAGCAGCAGCAGCAGCAGCCUCCGCAGCUCUAGCAGCAGUGGCGACCACCCCGCAUCUUUCCUCGGGAACCUCAACCGCACUCAUUGGGACCGGGUCGUCCUGUCCGGGAGCCAUGUGGCUCUCCCCAGCCACUGGCUCCCGGUCAGACUCCGAGUCCGAAGAGGAGGACCUCCCCGUCGGGGAAGAAGUCUGCAAACGCGGCUACCUGCGGAAGCAGAAGCAUGGGCAUAGGCGUUACUUCGUGCUCAAACUGGAGACCGAAGACGCUCCGGCUCGGCUCGAAUACUACCAAAAUGCCAGGAAGUUCCGGCACAGUGUCCGCGCCGCGGCGGCUGCAGCAGAGGCGGCUGCCUCAGGUGCUGCGGUCCCCGCGCUCAUCCCACCGCGGCGCGUGAUCAUCCUGUACCAAUGCUUCUCUGUGAGCCAGCGCGCCGAUGCCAGGUACCGAUAUCUCAUUGCCCUUUUUACCCAGGACGAAUACUUCGCGAUGGUGGCCGAAAACGAGUCGGAACAAGAAAGCUGGUACUUGCUCCUCAGCCGCCUCAUCCUCGAGAGCAAGCGCCGCCGCUGCGGCACGCUAGGCGCGCAGCCGGAAGGAGAGCUGGGAGCCCUGGCGGCCGCAGCGGUGUCGGAGCCACCCUUCUACAAAGAUGUGUGGCAGGUAGUAGUGAAACCCAGGGGGCUGGGGCACAGAAAAGAGCUGAGCGGCGUGUUCCGGCUGUGUCUUACAGACGAAGAGGUGGUGUUUGUAAGGCUCAAUACCGAAGUGGCCACUAUGGUCUUCCAGCUGCUGAGCAUUCGUCGCUGUGGGCACUCAGAGCACUUUUUCUUCUUGGAAGUCGGCAGGUCCACUGUCAUCGGUCCAGGGGAGCUGUGGAUGCAGGUGGAUGACUCCGUGGUGGCCCAAAAUAUGCAUGAGUUGUUUUUGGAGAAGAUGCGAGCCUUGUGCGCAGAUGAAUACAGAGCCCGAUGCCGCACCUACAGCAUCAGUAUUGGCGCCCACCUGUUAACCCUGCUGUCCGCUAGGAGGCACCUGGGCUUGCUCUCGCUGGAGCCCAGCGGCUGGUUCAGAAGAUCUCACUUUGAGCAGCUUUGCCGCCUCAGGGCUAUCGGCGGCAGGGAAGCAGAGAUGCUAUUCACCAGGCGCUUCAUCGCACCCAGAGAGCCUCCACCUCCCUUCAGGCGAGGAAGAGGGCACCUGCCCAGAGCCCGCAGGUCCAGAAGAGCCGCGUCAGUACCACCCAGCCUUUUCCGACGCUCAGCACCUAGCCCGGGACGUAUCCCCCAGCCUGAAGAUGCCCCCAACGACAGAGCCUGUGAAGCCUCAGGUUCCAGCUCUGGCAACACUGAAGAAAAAGACAAGGAAGGUGAGGAAGGAAACGGAGGUGAUUACAUACCUAUGAACAACUGGGGCUCAGGAAAUGGCCGGGGCUCAGGAGGUGGACGGGGCUCAAGUGGCCAAGGCUCCAGUAGCCAGAGCUCAGGUGGGAGACAGGGAUCUGGAGGUGGCCAGGGCUCAGGAGGCCAGAGUUCAGGAGGCCAGGGUGCUGGAGGAAACCAGUGUUCAGGAAAUGGCCAGGGCAUGGCAGGUGGCCAUGGCUCAGGUGGAGGUGGCCAUGGCUCAGGUGGUGGUCAGAGACCUGGAGAUGGUCGUGGGUCAGAUGGUGGCAAGAACUCGGGAGGGAGCAAAGGCUCAGGAAGUGGGAAAAAUUCUGACGAUGGUGACCGUGGAAAAUCUGUGAAGAAAAGAUCCUACUUUAGUAAAUUCACUCAAAGCAAGCAGCAGCAAACGCUGCCUCCACCCCCGCCGCCACCACCAGCAGCUGGAGCAACUGGUGGCAAAGGAAAGUCUGGGGGAAGAUUCCGACUUUAUUUUUGCGCAGACAGAGGCACAAAAGAACGCAAAGAUGCCAAAGAGGCCAGAAAUAGAGAGACCCCAGAAGGUGCAACCCGGGGGCCUCACAGAGCCAGAGCUUUCGAUGAAGAUGAGGAUGACCCAUAUGUGCCAAUGAGGCCAGGGGUGGCUGCUCCUCUUGCGUGUUCCAGUGAUUACAUGCCAAUGGCUCCUCAGAAUUCCUCUGCUUCAACAAAGCGUCACUCUAGGUCACCCUUUGAAGACUCCAGAGGGUACAUGAUGAUGUUUCCCAGAGUGAGCCCACCACCACCUGCUCCAAGUGCUCCGAAAGCACCAGAUACUAAUAAAGAGGAUGACUCAAAGGACAAUGACAGUGACAGUGAUUACAUGUUUAUGGCUCCUGGAGCAGGUGCGAUUCCUAAACAUCCUCCCAAUCCUCAGGGAGGCUCUUCGUCCAAAAGUUGGAGCUCUUACUUCUCUCUGCCAAGUCCUCUUCAGAGUUCACCUUUGGGACAGAGUGACCACAGUGAGUAUGUUCCGAUGUUACCUGGGAAAUUCCUGGGGAGCGGUCUAGACAAAGAAGCCUCCUUUAGCCAGGGCACCAAAGAUAUAUUUUCAAAGCCUUCAACUGAGAGGUCAUUCUCAAAGCCUAAAGAUAAGGGGUCAUCUGCAAAGCCUUCAGAUGAUGUGCCCUCAGUCAACAAAGCUAAAGAACCUAAUGCCACACAGGAGCAGAGAGAAGCUGACAGCUCCCGUGACUAUAACAACAUUCACUUUAUUAAGAGAGAGCGCCUUGUGCUAGCUCCCUCUGCUCGAGGACUGCCACACUUGUGGGGCGUAGUUACUGACCCCAGACCCACAGCUUUUUCUAGCUACCUGAAUGUUGAAGUCGGGGUGCCCUUUCCAAAUCCAACAGUCGGCCCCUCAGAUAUUUUAAGAGUUCUACCAGGUGCCAACUCCAUCCCGCUAGCCGGUGCUAGGAGGCCCUUUCGUCUUUUCCCAGGCAAUGUUAUAGGUAGCAUCGUGGAAGUGGGUGAAUACGUUGAAGUAACUGUAAACCCAGUGGAAGUGGGUGAAUACAUUGAAGUAGUUUUCAACCCAGCGGUGCCUUUUGCGGACAGUGCCAUUUGCUAUGAUGCUCAAACCGAUGAAAUCUAUGUAGUUGACCCAUUUUCUGAGUGCUGCAUGGAUGCUUCUCUCUCUCCCGGUCGAUGCGCUGAACUGCCACCUGUAGCUAGGCUGCUGCAGGGGGAAGUGCAGGAGAGAAGACGCCCACAAAGCCGCUCCCAAAGUUUAUUUGCCAACAUUCGAGGCGCUAUCUCGGCUUCCUCUACUGACAACUUGGACAGAGACUUUCCCGCAGCGUCUGCGGUGUUUGCUGCUCCAGCUAGGGCGCCCCGCUGGGCAGUGAGCCGGGCUUUAGCAGUGGUCUCUGCGCUCGCAGCGGCCCCCAGCUUUGGCGAAGUCUUUGCCGACCUCUACUCCCCUGCAGGAGUUGACUCCGCCUCCACUCGCUGGUUCCAACCUGUUGCUAAUGCUCGUGGUGCCCACGCUGUGAGAGAGGUCCAGGACUUUGCCGCAGGCUGGAAUCCUGGAGCCCUUAACCACGCUGCCAGAGGUGGAGACCUGGCGGCUGGCGCAGCUGCUCCCCCACCGCCACCUCGCCAGCGUCGGGUGCUGAGACCCCGAGAGAGAGCAGAUUUUGAGGACAACGACGAUGACAUUUACGUGAGAAUGGACUUUGCCAGACGUGACUACAAGUGA